AUGGACGGGCGCAAUAGCAACGACAGCCGAGGGGACAGUCUUGGGGCCGUCGAAGAAACGGACCUGGAGGAUCUCCGUCGUCUCGCCACUGAUCUAGACGCUCGCACAACGCCUGCCCUCGCCCCCAAUUCCUUCUACGAUCAGCGCGAUCCUCGCCUCGAUCCUACGAAGCCGCAGUUCGACCCCUAUCGCUGGGCACAGAUGGUCUUGUCGUCGAUGGAUGAGUCAAUCAUUGAUGUGCAGCGGCAAGCGGUAGCCUUCUCCAAUAUUCGCGUAUCCGGUGCAGGGAACUCGGUGCAGUACCAAGAAACUGUCGUCUCUAGCCUACGAGUUCCGUUCGUCAAGGCCGCCCGCGCAUUCUUCGGUCGCAGGCCAACCGCCCGACGACGCAUUCUCCAUGGCUUCAAUGGUCUCCUGCUGAGCGGUGAGCUUUUGCUAGUCCUGGGUCGCCCCGGCAGUGGUUGUUCUACCUUCCUCAAGACCAUUAGCGGGCACCUAGGGGGCCUCACACUCGAGCCCGAAAGCAACAUCCGCUACCGGGGUCUCAGCUUCGAGGACAUGAUCCAGCACCAUCGUGGGGAAGUGUGUUACAACCAGGAGGUUGACAAGCACUUCCCUCAUCUGACUGUGGGGGAAACGCUGUCUUUUGCCGCAGCUGCGAGAGCCCCACGCCAUCGUCCCCACGGUCUGUCCCGAUCCGAGUUCAUUGACGUGGUCGUCAAUGUCAUUCUGGCCGUGUUUGGGCUGAAGAAUACCCGUCACACAAAAGUUGGAGACAAUUUCGUGCGAGGCGUCAGCGGUGGAGAGCGCAAGCGAGUCAGUAUUGCCGAGAUGUUUCUUGCCAGAGCUCGCAUUGGAGCCUGGGACAACAGCACACGAGGGCUGGACGCUGCAUCUGCUCUGCAGUUCGUCAAGGCUUUACGUCUCUCGGCGGAUAUGGGCAAGACUUGUCAUGCUGUUGCGGCCUACCAAUCCUCUCAGUCCAUGUACGACCUAUUCGACAAGGUCGUGAUCCUAUACGAAGGUCAUGAAAUCUACUAUGGUCCUCGUGAUCGUGCAGUCGACUACUUUGAAGAGAUGGGCUGGAAACGCGAUCCUCAGCAGGUUGUUUCGGACUUUCUAACCGCCAUCACCAAUCCGGGAGAGCGACAACCCUUUCCAGGCAUGGAAGAGAAGGUCCCACGCACUGCAACGGAGUUUGCAGAUUACUGGAAGCGGAGUCGGGAUUUCCAAGAGCUCAGAUCACAGAUUGAGAGGUUCGAGUUAGAAAAUCCAACGGAUGGAGAGGGCGCCAAACAGUACCAUACACACCACGUCAGGCAACAAGCCAAACACACGAGGCCUACCAGUCCCUAUCUCCUCUCCAUCCCAAUGCAGAUUCGACUCUGCCUUCGAAGAGCAUAUCAACGACUACGGAACGAUGUCCCUACGGCCCUAUCCACAGUGGUUGUACAGAUUGUGCUUUCCUUGAUCAUCGGGUCCAUCUUCUUUAACUCGCCCAACACCAGCAGUGCCUUCUUCCAGAGAGGCGCCGUGAUUUUCUUCGCCGUGCUCAUGAAUGCUUUGAUCACAAUCAACGAAAUCAUGCAGCUAUACAGCCAGCGACCGAUAGUGGAGAAGCAAGCGGGUUACGCCUUUGUACACCCCUUCACCGAGGCUCUCGCCAGUGUCCUCAUCGACCUGCCAAUCAAGCUUAUACGGUGUUCCGUCUUUAGCCUUGUCCUGUACUUCAUGACAAACCUACGGCGGGACCCAGCCCAAUUCUUCAUUUUUUAUCUCUUUCUGGUCACUGCCAUCUUGACAAUGUCGGCAAUCUUUCGCAGCCUCGCCGCCGUCACCAAGACUGUGGGCCAGGCCAUGAUGUUAGCUGGGAUCAUCGUCAUCGUCAUCGUGGUGUACACCGGCUUCACCCUGCCCCAGACCUACAUGCGUCCUUGGUUCUCUUGGAUUAAGUGGAUCAAUCCCAUCUUUUACGCUUUCGAAGCCCUGGUCAGCAAUGAGUUUCAUGGCCGGGAGUUCGAAUGUGCAGCGUUUAUCCCACCGUAUGGAUCGGGUGAUUCGUUCAUCUGUGAAGCCGUCGGUUCAGUCCCUGGUCAGCGGUUCAUCUCUGGAGACAACUUUAUCGAACACAAUUAUGGCUACACUCACGCACACCUUUGGCGAAACUACGGAAUCUUAACUGCCUUCAUGGUAGCUUUCCAUUGUUUCUACCUGGUUGCCACAGAAUACGUGAGGACUGGACAGUCCAAGGCCGAAGCGUUGGUGUUUCGUCCUGGGCGCGCUCCCCCUCAAUUUCUCCAAAGUGAUGGUGAAGCCCUUCCAAAAACUGGAACCAUAAGCUCUGUAUCUCAGGAUGACCGAACCAUGCCGUUACCCAAGCACACCGACACGCUCACGUGGAGAGGUGUCAACUACGAUAUUCCCGUCAAAGAGGGCACGAAGCGACUCCUGGACAACGUGAACGGUUGGGUCAAGCCAGGUACUUUGACCGCGCUGAUGGGAGUAUCAGGUGCUGGCAAAACCACUCUUCUAGAUGUCCUCGCUCAGAGGGUUCCCAUCGGCGUGGUUGAGGGUCACGUUCUCAUCAAUGGAAAGCUCCUUACCCAUGGACUCCCCAGAAGGACCGGCUACGUCCAGCAGCAAGAUCUACAUCUUGAGACAACCACCGUACGUGAAGCCCUCCGCUUCAGCGCAGUUCUACGACAGCCCCAGUCAGCUUCUAGAGAAGAGAAGUAUGACUACGUGGAGCAAGUCAUCCAACUACUAGGAAUGGAAGACUUUGCCGAGGCUGUGGUAGGCUCACAAGGAGAGGGCUUAAAUGUCGAGCAACGGAAGCUUUUGAGUAUCGGCGUGGAGCUCUCGGCGAAACCCACUUUACUCAUAUUCCUAGAUGAGCCUACAAGCGGUCUUGACUCUCAGAGCUCUCCUAGCAACCAUUCAUCAGCCAAGCGCCCUCCUCUUCCAGACCUUCGAUCGUCUACUUUUCCUGGCGCGGGCGGCAAGACCGUGUACUUUGGCGAUAUCGGAGCACAGUCAAAGACUCUACUCAACUACUUUGCCCGCAACGGUGCGAGACGAUGCGGGGCACAGGAGAACCCUGCAGAGUAUAUCCUUGACGUCGUUGCCGGGGAGGAUGACAUCUUGGUCAACUGGGUCGAACAGUGGAACAACAGCCCUGAGCUACGAGAAGUUCUUGCCGAGCUCACGCGCCUCGAAAGCUCGGCUGAAUCGACUGAUGACGAAACUUCCACCAUGGAGCAUCUGGACGCCGAAUUUGCUUUGCCCUUACAUAGUCAGCUUCGUUAUGUCGCUCUCCGUGCCUUCCAACAGUACUACCGGCAACCCGAGUACAUAUUCGCUAAGCUCCUAUUAGGCUUGCUUUCUGGUCUCUUCAUCGGCUUUUCGUUCUGGAAAACCGAUCACACGCAGCAAGGCUUUCAAAACGCUCUCUUCAGCGUCUUCCUGCUUUGCACCAUCUUCUCAACUCUUGUCAACCAGGUGAUGCCCAAGUUUGUUUCCCAGCGCUCUCUCUAUGAGGUUCGGGAGCGGCCAUCUCGGGUGUACUCGUGGAAGGUUUUUAUCCUAUCACAGGUACUGGUUGAGAUCCCAUGGCAGCUUUUCGUUGGAGUCUGUGCUUGGGCAUCGUUCUACUUCGCCGUGUUUGGCUCGAGCUCAGAUGCGGAAACCCGGGGGCUUAUCCUGCUCUUCGUCGUCCAGUUCUACAUCUACGCCGCCAGCAUGGCUCAAAUGGUCAUCGCCGCCAUCUCAGACGCCACUUUGGCAGCUAUGUUAGCUACCUUGAUGUUUGGCAUGUCGUUCGUCUUCAACGGUGUGAUGCAACCACCCGAUGCACUACCUGGGUUCUGGACAUUCAUGUACCGUGUCUCUCCCUUUACCUAUUUCAAAUGA